AUGGCCAUGGCGUCCGCCGACGAAAAUGGGGCCGGCAACCACAACAAAAACACAGACUCCCCCAAGGCUUCGACGGAGUUCCAGCUGAAGAAGUACCUACUGCUGCUUGCCACCCUGGUGGCGACGGUGACCUACGUGGCGGGGCUCAACCUGCCGGGGGGUUCCUGGACGGAGGACACUCCCGGCGGGCAGGUGGCCGGCGAGUCAAUCCUCCGGGAGACCUACUACUACCGCUACAUCGUCUUCUACUACUGCAACGCCGUCUCCUUUGCGGCGUCCCUCGUCGUCAGCCUCCUCCUCCUCGUGCUGCAUAAGGGCGGCUCCUACCACUACUGGCUCCGGCCGGUCAUGGUGAUUGACCUGUUCGGCCUUAUGGGGGCCUACGCCGCCGGGAGCAGCCGCGACAAGGUCACCACCGUCUGCGCCGCAGUGAUGGUGGCUGGCCUCGCUGCUUAUGUCACUGUCGCCUUCAUCUGGUACGUCCUCCGCCACGCGGCACUCGCGGAGCACGAGGCGGCGGCACUCGCGGAGAGUCCAGAUCAAGAGGCGGCGGCACUCGCGGAGCACGAGAUCCUGAUGGUGCUCACCAUCUUCGUGGCAACCGUCGCGUACGUGGCCGCGAUGAACCCGCCCGGAGGCUUCUGGCGAAGCACCCAGGAGGGCCACCACACUGGCGGUGACCCGAUUCUGCAGGGCGGCCACUCCGGCCGCUACAAGUCCUUCUUCUUCUUCAACACCACCGCCUUCGUGGCGUCCCUGCUCGCCAUCAUGCUCAUCCUCGACUAUAAGAAACUCAACAUCAGCAGUGACAGAUUUGGCGUAGGGCGUUGCGGGCUCUAUGUAUCCCUCAUCAUCGCGAUCGGCGGCCUCGGCGGCGCCUACGCUGCCGGGAGCUGCAGGAACCUUGAGAGCACUGCCAUUGUUCUGUCCCUAGGGCCAGUUGUUCUAAUCUACAUUGCUCUCCAGGUGGGCGUUUCUACAGACAAACUCCCGUGUAUUGGUCGCAUGUGCAGUUAUCCAAGAAAAUGGCUGCCGGUAAUAACAAGAUUCGUCACUGAUUCCACUUGCACUUCCAGACCACCACCACCACUGACCGACGAAAAAGAAAAGGACAAGAUUCCGAAGAGAGAACAUGAUGAAAAUGAAAAACUCAACAAGGCCCGCGAGUUUAUUCAGCUGCUUGCUAUACUUGCGGCGACCAUCACUUAUCAAGCUGGACUUGAUCCACCAGGAGGCCUCUGGCUGGAGAGUGGGGAAGGCCAUACUGUUGGAGACUCAAUACUCCUCACAACACACCCAAUACGGUACAAGGCCUUCUUCUAUUCUAAUUCGGUGGCCUUCGUGGCGUCCUUGGUCAUCAUCGUCAUGCUGCAGAGCGAGAUGCUAGUUAGGCUCCACAUACUGGAGGCUACUAUGAUACUAGACCUGUUCAGCCUCAUGGGUGCAUACGCCGCGGGGAGCAGCCGGGACACGAGCACCUCCAUCUACAUUGUGGCCAUGGCUGGCGCCGUCCUCAUCUACGUGGUCAUCCACAUAGUCUUCUUCACGCUCGACCCUGAAGACAUGGACACGGAUGUGCUGGACAAGUGUCGCGAGGUGCUGCUACUCCUCGCGAUCUUGGCCGCCAGCAUCACCUACCAAGCCGGGCUGACCCCGCCGGGCGGCUUCUGGGAGAUGGACGACGAGAAGCACGGGCACCACGCCGGCUUCUCCAUCCUCCAGGACAAGUACCAUCUCCGUUACAAGGCCUUCUUUUACUGCAACGCGGCGAGCUUCAUGGCGUCUGUGGCUCUCAUCAUCCUCCUCGUUAAUCCCACCCUGUACAAGCCGGCCAUAGAGUGCUAUGCCCUCUUUGUGUGCAUGGUGGGGGGCAUGUUUGGCCUCAUGGGUGCCUACGCUGCCGGGAGCUCCCUGCACCUCCGAGCCUCCAUCAUCAUCUUGGUAUUGGUUGCUCUGGUGUUUGGUUUUGUAGUGUAUCUGGUACUGACGGGCUCCCACAAGCUGAAGCGAAAGGAACCUGCUGGACAAGGAGAACCGCAGGGAGAAGGAAAUCAUGUGGCUGACAACAACAAGGCCAUAUACCUGAUGCUGCUAGGGAUACUGUCUGCCAGCGUGACCUACCUGACCGGCCUAAAACCGCCCGGCGGCCUGUGGAGGGACGACAACAAUGGGCAUUCCGCUGGCAGCCCGGUCCUGUACGACAUGCACAGGCGGCGGUACAUGGUCUACUUCUACAGCAACUCCAUCUCGUUCAUGGCUUCCAUCAUCGUCAUCGCCUUGCUGCUGCUCCUGCGGCUUCUGGGUAAGAAGAGCGAUCAUUGGUCGUUGCACACGGUGAUGGUACUGGACAUGCUCGCCCUCCUGGUAGCCUACGCCGCAGGCAGUGCCCGGAAGUGGGGCACAUUUUGGAAGGUCAUCCUGCUGCUCCUCCCCAUAGUGAUCUUCCUACGGCUUCUAUUCUGGUGCAAGAAUAAAUACCAUAGCACCGCAAAACCAAAACCAAGAGUCAUUGCUGCUCCAAAUCAGAAGCCACUGCAACUCAGUAACUCACAACACUGA